UCAGGACGAGAUGGCUACCCGGGACCUCUGGGUCUGGAUGGCAAGCCAGGACUUCCGGGCCCCAAAGGGGAAAAGGGUGCACCAGGAGACUUCGGCCCGCGGGUAAGAAUGGAGCACCACCUCCCUCAUCCACUACACAUGGGAGCCCAAGGGCAAGAUGGAGCCGCAGGACCACCUGGGCCCCCUGGACCACCUGGGGCCCGGGGUCCUCCUGGUGACACUGGGAAAGAUGGCCCCAGAGGAGCUCAAGGCCCAGCGGGUCCCAAAGGAGAGCCUGGACAAGAUGGCGAGAUGGGCCCCAUGGGACCUCCAGGACCAAAGGGGGAUGAUGGGAUGCCCAGCCAGCCAGGACUCCCUGGACCCCCAGGGCCCAAGGGUGAGCCAGGGGAUGUGGGGCCCCAAGGAGAGAAUGGAGUGGACGGUGCCCCAGGACUGAAGGGGGAGCCGGGCCACCCAGGCACAGACGGAACCACAGGGCCCCGGGGUCACCCAGGCCUCAAGGGAGAGCAAGGUGAUACGGUGGUGAUCGACUACGACGGCAGGAUCUUAGAUGCCCUGAAGGGUCCUCCUGGGCCACAAGGAGCUCCAGGGCCACCAGGGAUCCCUGGACCCAAGGGUGAACUUGGAUUGCCUGGUGCCCCAGGAAUUGAUGGCGAGAAGGGUCCCAAAGGACCCAAAGGAGACCCAGGAGAGCCAGGGCCAGCUGGGCCCAAAGGCGAAACAGGCGAGAUGGGCCUGUCAGGCCUUCCGGGUGCUGAUGGUCCCAAGGGAGAGAAAGGAGAGUCAGGAUCCGACCACCUGCAGGAAAGCCUGGCCCAGAUCAUAGUGGAGCCGGGGCCUCCCGGUCCUCCUGGCCCCCCUGGUCCUAUGGGCCUUCAGGGGAUUCAAGGUCCCAAGGGCCUGGACGGAGCCAAGGGAGAGAAAGGUGCAUCGGGUGAGAGAGGCCCUCACGGCCUGCCUGGACCAGUUGGCCCACCAGGCCUUAUUGGGUUGCCAGGAACCAAAGGAGAGAAGGGUAGACCCGGAGAGCCAGGACUUGAUGGUUUCCCUGGACCCAGGGGAGAAAAGGGUGACCGGAGUGAACGUGGAGAGAAGGGAGAACGAGGGGUUCCUGGCCGGAAAGGAGUCAAGGGCCAGAAGGGAGAGCCAGGCCCACCGGGCCUUGACCAGCCAUGCCCCGUGGGCCCUGACGGGCUGCCGGUGCCUGGCUGCUGGCAUAAGUGAUCCUCAGACAUGGCUCCCAACCUGUACAGAUCUGUUUGGAUGUUUUUAACUUGUGUAAAAACAAAACAGUAAUAUAUUGAUCUUCUUUAUGGGAUGUGCCAACGGUGGCCUUUAAACAUUUGAGAGUGUGCCAACCAGCCCUAGGACAACCUACACAGGAAGUCGGCAGGAAAGAAGACAGGCCACUCUGGAGAGACUUGUUUGUACGUGAGGGCCCCCGGCAGGGCCUGGCUUUCCUAGAGAAGAAAACGAAGGUGAAAAACGCCUGGCUCAGGUGAGGCUGGACAGACUCCAGGUUGGGCCUGCAAUCACCUGAUUAGCAGAGACACACAACAACUCUCCUCUGACGCCCCACUGCCCCGUCGUCUCACUGCCCAACAAGACCCCCUUGGACGACUGUUGUACCUUCUUGCCUCUGGACCCUGCCACACUCAGCUGCACUGAGACUCUGUGUUCAACAGGGCAGGCGACGAUUCCUAGAAUCCAGCACUUGGAGAGAAGGUGAUGGAAAGAACCAAGAAGGCCUUGCUGUACCCAAGCUCGGUAGGCUUCCAAAGGCCACUGUGAGAGGAGUUUGUGUCCUCGGGCCUUGGGAAGUGGCAGGGCUCUAUGAAUGCCUCGGUGUGGCAGCUCAGUGACCCCUGACUGUAGGGUAGGGAGACCCAGAUGCACUAGUUGCUACUUCCAGUCUCCUCUCCUCACCCAAAGCAGGAACAGAAGAACUUUGUCAGCUCUGAGGAGACAGGCCUCUUGUUCAGAACUUGGGUCUCACUGGCCCCAAGUCUCCCACCUAGAACUCUGGUCAGCCUGGCAGAAACUGGCCUCCUAGUAGGUGGUACAGACACCAUGAACCCAAAGGCUGGUCCUUGCUAGCCUGAACAAAACACCUAUGACAGAAACCCCUGUCCUCCGAGAAGGGGCUUCAACACUGCUAACAAAGGUUCCUAGCUACCCACUCCAUCCACGGUCUCCCUCUCCUCUCCGUGCCAAGGUGUAAUAAACCACACGUGUGUGUCUGGGUAUGUCUGUCCUUGCAGACUUCUGUGGUCACCUCUAGCUGAGUUCACCCUGCUGGUUCCUGCUGAAGAGGAAAAGGGCUCUCCCUAGGGGGAGAGCCAUCCCAGAAUCGAGAAUAUAGUUAAGGGUUAGGAGAUAGGAGGGUAUAGGCUCAAGACCUGGACCCAUAGAUGUCAGCAGAAUCCUGGGACCAGUCAUAUAACAUCACUAAGUUCCUGUGUCCUCUUCUGCUGUGCUUCCUAAGCAAGAACACUCCAAACUUGUUGCCUCAAAAUAUUCAACCUCUCAGUUCCAAGGAUUCAAGAGGACGAGCUGGGUGGGUCUCUCUUGGACUCUUCCUCAUCCGGUGAGUGGUACCUGUCAGCUAGGAUCCCAAUGGCCCUGACACCUACCUACCUACGACCCGUUUGAAUGGCCUGGGCUACCUCACAGCAUGGCCACAGGAUUCCUGGAAAGCUGUGUCACCUUGUAUGACAAAGCCUCCGAAGUCAUAUGCUGUCACUUCCUGCCAGAGACAGAGGUUCAUCCCAAUGGAAGGGGGAAAAGACAGACCCAUCUCUCAAUGAGCAAAAUGUCGAUGUCAUAUUUAAAUGAGAAAAUUUGAGAGAGUGGAUCUUGUUGUAGCCCUUCAGAAAUAAACCCAGCUUUCGUGUAGCCCAGGCUAGCCUUGAAAUCACUAUGUAGCUUCGGAUGACCUUAAAUUUCUGACCCUCCAGUCUCUACUUCCAAAUGCUGGGAUUACAGUUAGUGCAUCCAUUUUUUUUACAGCGCUGGGAACUGACCCUAAGGCUUUCCACAUGCUAGGCAAGCACUUGACCAACUAAGCUACAUUCUUAGCCUUUGUUGUAUAACAUCUUAAGAAAUGCCUCCUGGGGCUGGAGAGAUGGCUCAGCAGUUAAGAGCAUUGUCUGCUCUUCCAAAGGUCCUGAGUUCAAUUCCCAGCAACCACAUAGUGGCUCACAACCAUCUGUAAUGAGGUCUGGUGCCCUCUUCUGGCCUGCAGGCAUAUACACACAGAAUAUUGUAUACAUAAUAAAUAAAUAUUUUUUUAAAAAGAAAACAUCAUUUAAAAAAAAAAGAAAUGCCUCCUGCCACUCCUCUGUAGCAUGAGACAGUAAUACUUAAAAUUCGGAUGUGGUCCAGUAUGAUUCAGCUUUGUAGACUACACAGAGAGCUUAGAACAUUCAGACACCCCAAAGUCCCUGUGGCUGGUUGUCCUCCCUGUAUCUGCCCCAGGGUCAAGUAGUAAUCACAGUAUUGUCUAGGGGACCCAUGUCAUACCUCUGCAUAUCUUUAGAACAACCUGGGGAGAUGCCCAGCAAAUGUGCCCAUGUCACGGAUGACAAACCCACACUCUUUCUCUGUGUGUAGAGAAAAGCAGGAGGCUGCAAUAACAAUGUCUCUGGCCUCCUUCCUCUAAGGACUGAAGUCUGUGGAGGACCAUACUCACCAGACCAUACGCAGACUUAUUGGUGUGCAGUAGGGGCCCAGCCACACAGGUUAUGUCAGGUCCCUACCUCUGUCCCUCUGAGGAGCUGUCGAUACGUAGACAGACCAUGCUCUCUGCCAGUUGACUGGGUCAACUGGGAAACCAGAAAUAAGAAAAGGAAGAUGGGUGGAGUGGGCCGAAAGGACUGAUGUGGCUCUGGUGUCAAUGUCUGCUCUGGAGACACAGCAUAGCCUCCCCAGCCUGCCAUACUGGGUGCACUCCUCUUUCCGCCGAAGAACUUGGUCCCCUCAUCCGUCCUGCAAAGAGAGGGGCUGCAGUGGUAGGUGUCACUAUGUCCAUUUUACAGAUGGGAAACCUGAGGCUCUGAGUAGGUAGUCAGCUGUUCAGGAAUGCACAGCCAGGCUGGAGUGACAGGCUUGGAAUUAGACCCAUGCUCUUAGAAGUCACCUCCUUUGUCUGCAGAAUUGUGUGGCAGUGUAUGGAAUCUGCUGGGAGGUCCCUUGUCAAUGGGUGGACAGCAAGUAGAGCUUGGUGGGGGUCGAAAGCCAGGGGUCUCCCUGUUCUUUCUCAGCCGGGCUGCAGUAGACCAUUCUUGGCCCGUUGCUGCCCUCUUGUGGCCUCAUACCUGAGUCCUUGCACAAGGACAUGCAAAGCCACUUGAGUCCUAGGCCAGCCUGGAGUGAGGACAGAGAUUGACUUGUUCAGGGUCUCAGAUGAAACAAUGGGGAACGCCUUGCCUCACCAAUGAGCCUCAAGGACUGAGAGGCUUUGGGUCUCCCUGUCUAGAGAAGAGGCUCUCUGUAAGUCAUUCAAUUCUGGAAGGAGAGAGGAGUCUGUUUAUUGAGUCCUGAAGUGUUCCGUGACAGCUAAAGCAACCACCAGGAUGGCUGUCCCCCUGAACAGAUGGACCUGCGGCUUGAGAGACGCUGACUGACUCCAUUCCCACCCUUAGAGAAGGCCUUCAGUUAUCACAGAACUGGGGGACACUCCUGCUGUUCAGUGGACAGAGUCAAGGCGAGCAUACAUCUGAAAUCCUGGACACUCCUGGCCAGUGGUGAACAUGCCCACUGAGGA